AUGGACAAGCGACAUCCGGCAAAGAAAAGGAAUUUCACUGAGGUAGAAAUAGAGACGCUCACGUCUCAGGUGGAGGCCAACCGCUUGGUCUUAUUUGGAAGCUUAAAAUCAGGCAUCAAAGGAUCAAGGAAAAAUGCGACGUGGACUCAGGUUACUGCUGCAGUCAACAGCGUUUCUGCGGCCUUCUCUGGGGUGGAUAGCAGAGUCCCCCCCACUGACCCAAGACGGAGCCACCUGUCCUUGAGCAAACCUGUGCUUCGCUUCACUGUGGUUCGUGUGCGUGUGUGCACACUGUUGAACCUGUGCUCCUGCUCUGUUUGGGGAUUUGCAAGCAGUGUUAUAAAGCUGACUACGCACACCAUCAUUCCACUAUCAGCUCUCCCGCUGUGCACACCUGCCGGCCAUCUACAAUCAAGCCCAGUAUUUGAACCCUGGAUCCACUCAUCAUCUUUGCUUGAUCAUUGCUUCAGUUGUCCUGCCAUCUUCUCCAUACCGCUCUGUUACAUCCAGUCAGCUGGCUCCGCCAUUUGGUCCCCUCCUCACGGCUCCCUGCUCCAUCCUGCCUCAGCUCCUGCUCCCAGCUGUCCACUCUUUGACUCCCCUGUUCCCCCGAACCCCAGUACCUCCUCCUCGGCUCCCCUCGGCACCGGUUUCUCCGCGCUCCCUUGCCGUCCCAUCCCCAGUGAGUCCAUCGUCAUCCUACCCCAGCAAGCUCCUCAAAACCUUUAA